AGUUUAGGUACCACUAGGUUUUUGAAAACCAUUCGAGCUCGUCAUCAACAUGGUCGGAUUGUCGUCAAGGUCUUUGUGAAAACUGAUCCUUCUUAUGGGCUAAAGGCUUAUCUCAAGCGACUCAAAGCUGAGCGCGAACUACUUCAAGGAAUUCCGAAUGUGUUGACUUAUCAACGAUCGGUGGAAACGGAAAAAGCUGGAUAUCUGAUUAGACAAUGGCUCGCCAAUAACCUCUAUGAUAGGAUCAGUACUCGACCAUUCUUGAGCAUCACUGAAAAAAAGUGGAUUGUCUUUCAGCUACUGACAGCACUUCGUGAGUCAUGGAAACAAGGGGUCGCGCACGGCGAUAUCAAGUCGGAAAACGUGAUUGUCACCUCAUGGAACUGGGUCUUCCUGACCGACUUUUCCACGGCUUUCAAACCAACAUAUUUACCUGAAGACGAUCCAGCCGACUUUUCAUAUUUUUUCGAUACUUCAUCACGAAGAUCAUGUUACCUAGCACCCGAAAGGUUUUUCACAGUGGAUAAAGAUACAGAUGGUUUGGAUAAAGCGAAUGUGACUCAAAGUAUGGAUGUCUUUAGUCUUGGAUGUGUGAUUGGUGAAUUGUUUAUGGAAGGAAAUAGUCCAUUUACUCUCAGUCAGAUGUUUAAUUAUAAAUCUGGAGAAUAUGAUAUCGAACCUUACUUGCGUGGAAUUGAGGAUAACCGAAUCCGCAACUUGGUACGAAGUAUGAUCCAGCUAAAUCCUGAAGAACGUCUGACCUUUGAUGAAUAUCUCACAGAUUGCCGGACCAACAAAACAUUUCCGAAUUCAUUUUAUGUUUUCUUACAUCCUUUCAUGUUGGGACUUCAAGAAGAAAAUACCCUGAGGGGCGAAGGAUUUGGUCAAACAUCUGUACUGAGGAAUCACUCUGAUGAGAUCAUUGAGAUGGUAUGGAGUGACUUCAGCUAUGCUUCAAAGUAUUUCUGGGUAAAUAAGAAGAAGAAACGUGCAGGAGGGAAUGAUGACAUGGAUGAUGACCAUCAUCCAGAGCAUCAUCCAGAGCUCGACCCUUCUGGUAAUGAAGCCGAGACAACUAGCAAACGCGCAUCCCACGACGUUGCUCUCAUCAUGCUCUCACUGGUAUCCUCCAAUAUUCGAAAUUGUUCACAUCCUGGGACAAUAAUCAAAGCAUUGGAUCUUUAUCUAGCUCUGUCGGAGUACCUUACGGAUAUCAUAAUACUCGAUCGAAUCAUUCCCUACCUCAUUAGCCUUUUGAAUGCCAGCGAAAUUGACAUACACUCUAAUCUGGUCAAGAGCAAGACACUGUUCUGCUUGACACAAUUGUUAUUGGGAGUCGACAUGAUCACCCCUUCCAAUUCUUCCUUAUUCCCAGAGUACAUCCUACCCAAUCUCAAGCACUUGAUCAAUGAUUCGUCCGAAUUGGUUCGAUCGACUAUUGGCAGAUGCAUCGGUCCGCUUUCACUAGUAGCCAAACGCUUCUUGAACUUGACUCAGGUCAUGAAUCAACAAAAGAGUGGUCACACAUCUUUGAAACAGGCUUCUGGCGAAGGUGAAGAUCCUGUCGAGUCAUCUUAUGAUUACAAUCUUAAUGAACUACACCGGCAAAUUCAAGACUUUGUAGUUUCUCUUUUGACAGAUAGCUCUCCAGUUGCAAAGCGCUCUCUGCUUGCCAGUAUAUCGCAUUUGUCCGCUUUUUUCGGUCGGCUCAAAACCAAUGAUAUCUUAUUAUCACAUACAUUGACCUACCUGAAUGAAAACGACUGGAUGCUGAGGGCAGCAUUCUUUGAACAUAUCGUCGGGAUUGUUAAUGAAACCGGCCCGGUCAGCGUCGAGGAAUACAUUCUUCCUUUGAUGGUUCAAGCUUUGACAGACUCGGAAGACUUCGUUUCAGUGAGAGUCAUAAGCUCGUUAACUGAGAUUAUUCGAAGAAAAUUGUUGAGCAAACCAAGGCUCUGGAAAUUGAUUGCUGCCGUCAUCAUUCUUCUUGGUCAUCCAAAUUCUUGGAUUCGCCAAGCUUCUGCCGAAUUGAUUGAAGCAGUUUCUUCAAUACUUCCUCUAACUGAUACAUGGUGUAUACUCUACCCUGCCCUGCGAAGAUUAUUGCGUUGUGAUAUCGAGGUACUGGAUCAGACAUCUAUACUUAACAAUUUGAAUCCUCCGAUGCCUCGAAAUGUAUAUGAAGCUGCCAUUGUAUGGGCUGGUCGAGGUAAAGGAUCAACAUUCUGGUAUCCUACCGAUGAACAUGACCAUGCUUCCCGACGCGCUCAGCAGACAUCGAAUCAGACUGCUAUGGCCGUAAGUGGCUCACAUUGGUAUGACAAUGAAAACCCGACUCUGAUGUUCCUUUACAGUGACGCUGCGCAUCUCGCCAAGCUCCGUCAAUUAGGAAUGAAGCGCGAAGAUGAGGUCAGGCUAAAAGAUAUGCGGCAGCAUAUUUUAAAGGUUGCUGAUGCGCGUGCACGGCUCCCACCGGCACAUCCGACCUUGGAAGCAACGAAUUUACUCAACAAGAACGUUGUGUCUUUGCAAGAUUUGGGGGUGCUCCUGCAUACUAUUUUGCUCAAAACGCCAUCUGGGACCGAAAGUCACGCGCUGCGAAAAGCAGCAGGCCAAUAUACUCCUCAGAACUCCUCCAGGACUCUUGAUAUACCUUUCCAAAGAAAACUAUCAGCCGAUACGUCUCGGCCACCUUCUUCUACUGAAGUUGAUCGAUUAUACAAUAAGAUGGACUCGCCUAUCGUCUCUGAUUUAAGAAGACAUCUAGCGCUGAGAAAUACUGAAGGUCUUGGUGCGAAACAUGCCGAUUUACGUAACUUAUCUGUACCGCCAUCUCAUACUAGCCCAAGCAAUACAGAACUUCAUUCUUUAAGCAGCAGUAUCGAGUUGAAUUCUCCCAGUUAUGAUUUCUCAAAGUCGAAUGCUGCAAUUGCCAGUGAUACGACUCAAGCCUUUGGGAUUCUCGAUGUUGAAACUCGACGGGAGAAUCAAGUCCCUUCUGUUCUCAACUCUCACGCUGGCGAACAACUCUCGGUUCAUACAGGCCUACCUAUGGGACGGAAUCCGUUCAUGCUUCAACGAUUUAGUAGUACCUAUGAAGGUCAUGAUGCCAACAUUCGCUAUCUAUUGGAGAGAGUGUUUCUAGAUAGCUAUCGUGAACCGCUGACCGAAUUCGGCCCGGUGGUGAGUGAAGGAAUACCUCGAAAGAAAGCCUUCCGUUCGAUGUUCUCGAUCCGCAAUAGAGCAUCAACAUCUAGUAACGGUACCCUUGUGGGUCAUCUUGUAGAGCACACCGCACGCAUCAGCAGUAUCGCCGUCUCUCCAGAUUUUGUAUUCUUUGUCACUGGGUCUCACGAUGGUACGGUCAAAGUGUGGGAUUCGAUCCGGCUUGAAAAGAAUGUGACUAGCAAAUCACGUCACACCUAUACCCAAGGCGGUAAAAUCACAUGCGUCUGUGCACUUGAGCAUAGUCACUGUGUAGCUAGUGCUUCCACCAACGGUACACUAUGGGUUCAUCGAAUUGACGUGGCGUUUGAUGGUCCGAUACCUGUCUAUGGCAAACGACAAUUGAUACGACAGCAUCAGCUGGAGAACGGUUCUUACAUCACCUCGAUGCUGCAUUACAAUACGCCAACGUCGUCAACCUUGGUAUUUACCACCAACAGGUGCCAGAUUGUAUCAUUGGAUCUCAGAACAAUGCGACGCCUACAAACCCUUCACAGUCCGGUGUAUCUGGGUCCGUUGACUUGCUUAUGCGUAGGGCCUCAAAAGAUAUGGUCAGUAGUCGGCACAACACGUGGUUAUCUAACCCUCUGGGACCUAAGAUUCGGGCUCCUUUUGAGGAGCUGGAAAGUAGCGGAAGGUCCAAUUCAACAAUUGAGUUUACAUCCGACGCAAGGUAAAGGACGUUGGAUUAUCGUCUCAGCUCAAUUCGCAAAUCACGGAGCUGUUGACUUGAACGCUUCAAGUGCAAUUGAGGCCUUUCUUGCACAGAAUACAGUUGACGAGCCAGUUAGCAAGAAGGUAUUAGAUCCAGAGGCGCCCAAAUACCCUCCUCAUCUAUCUACUGUCUAUUCAUUUGUGGUGGGGUCGCAGAGCUACGAUAGCACCUCGAGUUCUGGAGAAUUGGUACCGAUGCCUGAGGAAAUGAGUAUGAAGAGAGCUUUAUCUAAACCCGCAGGAUACAUUCUUACGGCAGGUGAAGAUAGAAUGAUACGCGUUUGGGAUCUCUCAGCUGUUGAAAGAUCCAAUACGGUUUCUGGACUUCAUCUUGAAGCUGAUCGACCGCAUUACAGAGCGGAUCAAUCUGCUAGUCCUACUCUUUAUUUGGAAUACACUGCAAAACGUAAAGCUGGAAGCUCAAGUAGGCGACUGGAUCCGUCGCGUAACGAUCCAGUGUCUACGCCACAUAGAUCAAAUGUUGUGGCUGGAUACCAGCAGAGUGUUUUGCAAAACCAUUUAGAUGCUGUGACGGCUGUUGCGGUCAUAGACAUCCCAUUCCGGUGUAUUGUCAGCGCAGAUAAAAGUAUGUGA